AAGGGGACUUUCCGAGGAGCACCUGAAUGCAGCAUCACCCUCACCACUAGCCGACGGCGCUAACAACAUCUCUAAAUCCUGCUACCCGGUUGUUCUGAAAGCUUUGUAUUUAGGAUGUCACGAGAACAGCUGGUCGUGCAGCAGGCGAGGAAGUCCUUCCUAACAGGGAAGACCAAACCUCUGGAGUUCAGGAUCCACCAGCUGAAGAGCCUGCUGCGCUUCAUCUCAGAGAGACGAGGGGACAUCACGUAUGCUGUCAAAAGAGACCUCGGCAAGAGCGAGAAGGGCACAGAGCUGUUUGAGACGCUGGGGCUGGAGGGGGAGAUCGAGCUGGCUGUAGAGAAGCUGGCAGAGUGGGCGGCUCCCCGGCCGGUGGAGAAGAACUUCCUCACCAUAACAGAUGAGGUCUAUGUGCAGCCGGAGCCACUCGGAGUGGUGCUCAUCAUCGGGGCCUGGAACUACCCCUGGGCCAUCACCCUCCAGCCACUAGUUGGAGCCAUUGCAGCUGGUAAUGCAGCAGUGAUCAAACCAUCUGAGGUCAGCUCUCACUCUGCCAAGGUCAUGGAGGAGCUUCUGCAUAAAUAUCUCGACAAAGACCUGUACCCGGUGGUGACGGGUGGAGUGGCAGAGACUCAGGAGCUGCUGAGACAGAGAUUUGAUCACGUCUUCUACACAGGAAACAGCACAGUGGGCAGACUGGUGAUGGAGGCUGCUGCUCGACACCUCACUCCGGUGACCCUGGAGCUGGGAGGGAAGAGUCCCUGCUACAUCGACAAGAGCUGUGACAUCUCUGUGGCAUGUCGUCGCAUCACAUGGGGGAAGUUUGUAAACUGUGGUCAGACCUGCAUCGCUCCAGACUACAUCCUGUGUGAACCGUCCAUCCAGAGCAGAGUGGUGGAAGAAAUCAAGAAGAGCAUCAAGGAGUUUUACACAGAAAAUCCCAAAACCUUUGAGGACUACGGGCGCAUUAUUAACCAGCGGCACUUUAAGAGGGUCAUGGCUCUGAUGGAGGGAAGCACGGUGGCUGCUGGUGGAGACAGCGACGAAUCUCAGUGCUACAUAGAGCCCACCGUGCUGCAGGAUGUGACGGGGGAAUCCAAAGUGAUGAAGGAGGAGAUCUUUGGUCCCUUACUUCCCAUCAUCACAGUGAGCGGUGUGGACGAGGCCGUCCAGUUCAUCAACGAGAGGGAAAAACCCCUGGUUGUGUACGUCUUCUCUCACAACAACAAGCUGAUCAAAAGGGUGAUAGCCGAGACGUCUAGCGGAGCUCUGCUGGCCAAUGACUGCCUAGUUCACUUCACUGUCAGCGCUCUGCCCUUUGGGGGAGUAGGUAACAGCGGGAUGGGCUGCUAUCACGGCCGGCACAGCUUCGACCAGCUCAGCCACCUACGCAGCUGUCUGAUCAAGCAGCUGAAGAUGGAGGGCGUCAACAGCAUGCGUUACCCCCCUCACACCGCCAAGAAGCUGGGCUGGGCUCGAUUCUUCCUGCUGAAUAGGGUGAACGUGUGCGGGCUGCAGCGCAUCGCCAUGCUCGCCAUGUUGGCUGGCCUGGCAGCCUUUGUGGUCCAGAGGUUCCUGCGAUGAAGACGAGGAGAAGAAGCUGGCGUCCUGAGGUCUUACCUGUGGGUGUCCCAAUGAUUUAAAGUGAAAUAUACCCACGGCCCAUAUCAUUUCUAAUUCAUAUACUUUUGUUUUUGUAUUAUGUAUGUCUUUAGAAUUACCGGUACUCGUCUGUCACACUGAAUGCUGCUAUUGUAGUUUUAUUGUUUUUCAUAUUUUCAAAGCAAUAUAAUCGGUUUUAUUUCAAUUUCACAUCAUGCACGGAACAUUUUACACGAGAAUCAACACAUCUGCUUUGAAGAUAAACCGUAACAGCAAGUAUCAUUGUUGCAUUCAAGGUUUUCAAUCCUCCGUUACAUUUUCUCACACGUUCUGCAAUUAAACUCCAACAAACUAAAAAAAAGUCUCAGAUGAUUCUUCUUGACCUUUUUCAUAGUCCAUAUUUUAGUUAGCAGGUAAGGUAGUAGAGGUGGUGAGGAGGGGAUGAGAGCAGGAAGUGUUUGGUUAAAAAUAUAUAUAAAUAAAAUGUUCAGUUCAACAUGUUUGAGAGAGUGACA